ACGGAUUAAGAAUCGGAACUUUCCAGAGGAUUUCUUUGCGACGUUGUGCGCAUGCCUGAGUUCGGUGUAUUUCCGGUAGAGUAGCUGUUGUUUGGAGUGGUGUGAAGGACUAAAGAUAAUCUGCCAAAAUGUCGUACAUGCUACCUCAUUUGCAUAAUGGCUGGCAGGUUGACCAGGCCAUCCUUUCCGAGGAAGAUCGUGUGUUAGUAAUUCGCUUUGGGCAUGACUGGGAUCCAACAUGUAUGAAAAUGGAUGAAGUUUUAUAUAGCAUAGCUGAGAAGGUAAAAAACUUUGCUGUUAAUUAUCUUGUGGAUAUAACGGAAGUACCUGAUUUUAACAAGAUGUACGAGUUGUAUGAUCCAUGUACACUCAUGUUCUUCUUCAGGAACAAGCACAUCAUGAUUGACUUGGGGACAGGUAAUAACAACAAGAUAAACUGGGUAAUGGAAGACAAGCAGGAGAUGAUUGACAUUGUGGAAACUGUUUAUCGUGGUGCAAGGAAAGGUAGAGGUCUGGUGGUGUCUCCGAAGGACUACUCAACAAAGUACAGAUAUUGAUGGACCUGUUUGUUAAUGAGACCUCUGUGGAAUUCUAUUUGGACUAUAUAUAACAUCGCUUAUGACAUUCUAUGUGUUAUGAGAUCAUAAAGUGUAAGCAGUUUUACAGUUUAUGCAUUUUGACAACAGAAAUGUCAAACUUUACUACACAUAAUCUGGAAAUCAGAGGCUGAAGCCUUGUAAUCUGUUUAAUAAAUUACAUUUUAACUUUG